GCUAUCUUCAAAACCUCCCCCCAAAAUUUUCAGCCUUUGAGACUUGAGAGUGCACUAUCAGGUUAUGAGUGUCAUCUUAUCCAAUUCUUGCACUUCUCUUCUCUAAACACUAACACUCCCCCUCUCUCAUCUCCAUCUUGAGAUACAGAGCAACAACAAUGACGACAAUGGCAAGCGCUUCAUCAAUGGUGUUUUCAUCAACAUUGACCCAAAAAACCAUCUUUGGCACCCAACUAAAAAACGCCCCCAUCUUGGUAUAUCCUCGCUCAUCAAAGGCACUCACUCCCAUAGCAUCCGCACCCAAAGAUCCAGUUACAGAAGCAUGGCGUGAAUUCAAAAAAUCCAGAAGAAGCGAAAUUCCCUUUGUUCCUUUAGACCAGCGUUGGAUGUUCACUCUCGAAGAAGCCACUGGCCCUGAUAUCUGGAACACAACAUGGUAUCCAAAAGCUGCUCACCAUGUCAAUACUGACAAGACGUGGUAUGUUGUUGAUGCCGAAGAUCUGAUUCUUGGGAGGUUAGCAUCAAUUAUAGCAGUGCAUAUUCGCGGGAAGAAUUUGGCUACCUUUACUCCAAGUGUCGACAUGGGAUCCUUUGUGAUUGUGGUUAAUGCUGAAAAAGUUGCUGUAUCGGGUAAAAAGAGGUUGCAGAAGUUGUACAGGAGGCACUCAGGAAGGCCUGGUGGUCUGAAAGAGGAAACUUUCGACCAACUUCAGAAAAGAAUUCCUGAAAGGAUUAUUGAGCAUGCUGUUCGAGGCAUGCUUCCGAAAGGAAGGCUCGGACGGUAUUUGUUCAAUCACCUUAAAGUGUACAAAGGCCCAGAGCAUCCGCACCAAGCUCAGCAACCAAUUGCUCUUCCACUCCGGGACAAGAGAAUCCGUGUAGAGAAAUGAAUCCUCACUCUGUCAAUCAACUCAUCUUGCCAAUGUUUUACCAGAAUUAAGCAUCCUGUUUUGUAGAUUGAGAAUCAAAUAUCUUGUACUAGGAUAUAGUUGGUAGAAAAUUUUAUCAUUUUGUACUUCAAUUCUUGAAACAAACUCAAAUUUGUAAGACAAGAUGAGAAUGGUUGUAUUUUUUAAAGGUGUAUGAAUGUUAAGAUUGAGGAUUCGUAGUUGGUAUA